AUGGCGGAUGUGGGAAGAAGGCGCGGGAAUAACAAUAAUGUGGUUUCGUCUCUUCAACUAUAUGCUACUGAGAAAAAUGGGCCUGAAGAUGUUGAAUUUGAGUCAUGUAGUUUAUCUGAUGCUGGGUUGAUUGCCAUUGGCGAAGGCUUUCCGAAACUUGAGAAGCUGAGCUUAAUCUGGUGCUCUAACGUCUCAAGUUCUGGCUUAAUUGCACUCGCGAAGAAGUGCUCAUUUUUUACAGCUUUAGAUUUACAAGGUUGCUAUGUUGGAGAUCAUGGUCUAGCUGCUGUUGGACAGUCUUGUAAGCAGCUUGGGGAUUUAAAUUUGCGAUUUUGUGAGGCCUUAACAGAUGCGGGUUUAGUUGAAUUAGCUCUUGGUUGUGGGAAUUCAUUGAAAGCUCUUGGUAUUGCUCCUUGUGCUAAGAUAACUGAUGUCUCACUAGAAGCAGUGGGCGUACAUUGCAAGUCUCUUGAGACCCUUUCUUUAGAUUCUGAGUUCAUACUCGUUUUGCUAUUUCUUGUUAGCCAAGGUUGCAUCGGCCUACUCUGUGAUCACCUAAACUGUCCAAACGCAAGGAUUUUAACUGUAUGCCUUGAGGGUCUGGAGAACAUUCUGAAGGUGGGUGAGGCAGACAAAGAAAUGGGACUAAAUGGCGGAGUCAAUAUUUAUGAUAAGGCAAUUGAUGAAUGUGAAAGAUUGGAUAAAAUCGAGAAUCUUCAGAACCAUGACAACCAUGAGAUUUAUGAGAAGGCUGUGAAGAUCUUGGAGAGAUAUUGGGCAGAAGAAGAAGAUGAGGAGCAAAACAUCUAG